AUGGCUUCUAGGAUCCUCCGUAUCAACCGCAACUUCUUCCUCGUUGCACGACCAACAGCUCGCAUCACAUCUCAAAGAGCGCCGCUUAGGAACAACAUCAACGAUCUCAGCAACCACCGCAAUUUCACAACAACACGAAUCAUGUCCGUCAAAGUCGACUCCAACUUCAUCUCCCAGAUCACUGCAGCAGAGAAGCUCAUCACUGGCAAGGAUGAGCCAGCGAAGGGAGGCCCAACCGCAAAAGCUCAACAGCACGCCGGCCAGAACCUGACAUCGCAAGUCAUUCACGACAUAACUGAGGGCGAGAAGCUCCUCACCGGCAAGGCUGAGGUCAUGCAAGGAGGCCCGACAUCCAUCGCUCAGUCCGCUCUCACAUCAGGCUCAUCAACGUCUAACGCCGGCGCCAACACUUCCUCUGCGUCAGGAAAGCUAGACUCGGAGACACUAAGCAAGAUCAACGACGCUGAGAAGAAGCUCAUUGGUGAGCAGCGACCGGUCGCUGGAGGUCCUACUGCGCAGGCGCAGAGUCAUGCUAAGGAGCCCAUCACCAGCGAGACUCUACACGACAUCACUGAGGGUGAGAAGAAGAUCACUGGAGGGGAGCGCGUGAAGGGAGGGCCUACAUCGACUGCUCAGUCUGAGCUUGCCAAGAGCAGGUCAUAA